UCUCUGUUUUCUGGUUGAAAGUGAAGAAGCAGGGUUUAUGGCCUCCACUCACAAAACCCUCUGUUUCUCUUCUCUUCUAUUUUUCUUCACUCUUUCACCUCAAAUAACCCUUUGACACUCCCAUAUUUACCCUUUUUGCCACUGCUUCAAACCACACCUUCUUCUUCUUCUUCCACAGUGGCAGCUACAAGGUUAUAGCUUGAGUUGAGAGUGGUUUGUUGUUGAAGUAGCUGUUGUUAUGGCUAUGGGGCUCUCAACUCACAGAACCCCUUUGAUAAGACCAUAUUGCCCUUCUUGCUUCCGUGUUGCUCUCUCCUUCUUUGCUUCUCAGUCACACCACAACAGGAGAAAAAACAAUAUUCUCCAAAUCAGCACUGCAUAUAGGAACUCUCUGAAAGACUCAUACUGUAAGAAGAGAGGGAAUUUUGGGUCGAAUAAAUGUAACAGUAUGGAGUAUAACCAUAAAUUUCUACACAAGAUUCCAGUUAAUAUUUCAUCAAGGAAAUUUUCAACUGUGUCAACGGCCGGUUUGGCUUCUUGGAAUCCGAGAUUGUCCGGAAUUUCUGCUGAUAGCAAAAUAUGUGCUCGUAGUAGGAAGGCGUGGGAAGAGGCAACAAAUAAGAUACAGGAAAGUAAAAUGAUAUGCAAUGGACUGAACAGGUUUCACCAGAGCAAUUCUAGUUAUGAAUCUAAUACAUUAUCUUCCAAUGAUUUUGAGGCUAUUCCGAAGAAUUUGAGGUGCAAUAUUGAGCUACAGGGUCGCGGUGGACCUGCCUCACCUUCUGUGUUGAACAAUUCAAAUGUUUUUGUAGAGAAUGAAGAAUUUUGCACCCAGUCGUUCGUAUCUUCACUUGAUACAGCUGAAGCGGCUGUUCCUAUAAUUAAUGGCAAUCAUGGCUUGGAUACAACUGCGAAGGCUGCAGCUAACACAACAUCUACUAGACAGGAAUAUCGUACCACUAAAUCGAAACUUAAAGACAAGCUCUGUAGUAUCUACGAAGAUAUAUUGGUUGUUGAUAAUAUUUCUCUUGCAGAGAAAGUAGCAAAGAUGCUUACAGUAAAUUACAGGCAUCUUAUUCAUGCUUGUGAUACUGAGGUGGCCAAGAUAGAUGUCAAGCAAGAAACACCUGUAGAUCAUGGAGAGAUAAUAUGCUUCAGUAUAUAUUCAGGACCAGAAGCUGAUUUUGGAGGUGGAAAAUCCUGUAUCUGGGUAGAUGUUCUUGAUGGUGGGGGCCAAGAGAUUUUUGAUAAAUUUGCCAAGUUUUUUAAAGAUCCGUCCAUAAAGAAGGUCUGGCAUAACUAUAGCUUUGAUUGUCAUGUUAUAGAGAACUACGGAUUUAAGGUUUCUGGAUUUUAUGCUGACACAAUGCACAUGGCACGACUGUGGGAUUCAUCAAGACGUUGGGUCGGUGGUUAUUCUCUUGAAGCACUUACAGGUGACAAAGAGGUCAUGUCUAGGACUACGCUGACUUGUGAAAAGGAUUUGAUAGGUAAGGUGUCAAUGAAAACUAUAUUUGGUCAGAAAAAGGUGAAGAAGGAUGGUUCAGAGGGUAAAAUAGUUAAUAUUGCUCCCGUUGAAGUGCUUCAAAGAGAUGAACGUAUACCUUGGAUAUGUUACUCAUCCUUGGAUGCUAGAAGCACUCUAAAGCUUUAUGAGAGUCUAAAGAAUCAUCUAUUGGAUAUGCCUUGGAAAUUCGAUGGAGUACGUGUUUCAAAUAAAACUAUGUAUGAUUUCUAUAAGGAAUAUUGGCAGCCAUUCGGUGAGCUUCUAGUGAAGAUGGAAUCUGAGGGAGUGCUAGUUGAUCAGUUUCAUCUUCAAGAGAUUGAAAAAGUGGCUAAAGCACAGCAAGAGGCUGCUGUUAAUAGAUUCCGAAAAUGGGCAUCUAGGUAUUGCCCUGAUGCCAAGUAUAUGAAUGUGGGGAGUGAUGUACAGUUGCGGAUACUGCUCUUUGGUGGCACGGUUAACAGGAGAAACCAUGACGAGAUGAUCCCGACUGAGCGGAUUUUCAAAAUUCCCAAUGUGGAUAAAGUGAUUGAAGAAGGAAAGAAGGCUCCAACAAAAUAUCGUGAUAUUAAGUUGACUAGCAUUGGCUAUCCCCUGCGGACUGAGAUGUACACGAGUAGUGGUUGGCCUUCAGUUAGCGGUGAUGCUUUGAAGGUCUUGGCUGGCAAAGUUUCUGCAGAAUAUGACUUUGAUGACUUUGAUGACGAUUGUGACUUGGAACUUGAUGAUGAUUUUCGAAAUUCUUAUCAAACUGAAGUUAAACCUGUAGAAAUAGAAAAAUCUGCUUACGGAACAGCCCUUGCUGCUUUUCCAACAAUGGAAGAAGGGAGAGAAGCCUGCCAUGCAAUUGCUUCUUUAUGUGAAGUCUGUUCAAUUGAUUCUCUGAUUUCUAACUUCAUCCUUCCCUUGCAGGGAUGCAAUAUAUUAGGAAAGGACCACCGUAUUCAUUGUUCCAUAAAUAUCAAUACUGAGACAGGACGCUUAUCAGCAAGAAGGCCGAGUCUGCAGAAUCAACCCGCUCUGGAAAAGGACCGUUACAAAAUUCGUCAAGCAUUCAUAGCUGCUCCUGGGAAUUCUCUCAUAGUUGCUGAUUACGGUCAGUUGGAACUUAGGAUCCUUGCACAUCUUGCUAACUGUAAGAGCAUGUUGGAAGCCUUUGAAGCCGGCGGAGAUUUCCAUUCAAGAACUGCAAUGAAUAUGUACCCGUAUAUUUGUGAUGCAGUUAACGAGAAGCAAGUGCUUCUUGAGUGGCAUCCUCAGCCUGGUGAAGACAAACCCCCAGUUCCACUCCUGAAGGAUGCCUUUGCUUCUGAAAGAAGGAAAGCUAAAAUGCUUAACUUCUCGAUUGCAUAUGGAAAGACACCAAUCGGGCUUUCUAAGGAUUGGAAGGUUUCUGUGAAAGAAGCGAAGAAAACAGUUGACCUUUGGUACAAUGAUCGAAAAGAGGUGCUGAAAUGGCAAGAGGAACGUAAGAAAGAAGCUCUCGAGUCUAGUUGUGUUUACACAUUGCUUGGGCGAUGUCGUCGGUUCCCUUCGGUUGACCAAGCUACCAACUAUCAGAAAGGUCACAUCGAGCGAGCAGCUAUUAAUACUCCAGUGCAGGGUAGUGCAGCAGAUGUUGCCAUGUGUGCUAUGUUACAAAUUUGGAAUAAUGAACAGUUGAAGGACCUUGGAUGGAAGUUACUUCUACAGGUUCAUGAUGAAGUCAUAUUGGAAGGGCCAACAGAGUCGGCUGAGGUUGCGAAAGCCAUAGUGGUUGAAUGCAUGUCAAAGCCCUUUAAUGGCAAGAAUAUUCUUAAAGUCGGCCUCUCUGUGGACGCCAAGUGUGCUCAAAACUGGUAUGCCGGGAAAUAGAAGGUCAGGCGUUGGCGGUGUGGUGGGAUAACUUUGCACCCUUUGUUAACAAAUCCAUGGCUUGUUUUGGGAGAGAGGUGUUAAACCUUCGGGGAGUAUUGUCUGUUAAGGUUCUAUUGGUGAUUUGUAAAUUUGUAAUCAAAAGUUCUAUGGAGGCAAUUAUAUGCCCUGCAUUGAUUUCUAGGAAGAUCGUUGUGACUAUAGUUCUAUUGUGUUGUUUAGGUGAUGUCAAAGAAUUGGGUUUUUAACUUGGUGGCUAUCCAUAUGCGGUUGUUUUCAUACAAAAAUGAUAGGUGAAAACCAUUAGAUGAUAAUUUAGUUAAAUAUAUCAAAUCAUUUAACGGUUUUUACCUAUUAUUUUUACAUGAAGAUAACUUCACGUGAGUGAUCAGCUUUUAACUUGAAAAAAAGGAAGCAAAGAUGCUUAUAUCAACUGCAUUAGCUAGCUGUUCUUAUUACUGUUUUUAAAUGUACAAAUAUAUGUCAUAUAUCGGAUCUUCAUGCAAACUGUAUCAUUUGUAUUGUAUAUAGAGAAUGAAAUUUACUUAA